CGACACCUCGUACCUCGCCGCAUUCACGUCCUCCGAAAUGGCCUCCGAAGCAAGACUCUACACCUUCUCGCAGGAGACGCGCGACAAGCUGCGGAAGUUCCGCCUGGGCACGUCCAGAGCCAAAGAUGCCCAAGCCGUCAUCUACCAGAUAGACAAGAAGUCGCUCGAGAUCUCGCAGGCCGAUGCCGAAGUGUACAACAACAUGCAGAAGUUGGCCGACAAGCUGCCGGACAACUCGCCGCGCUACGUCCUGCUGAGCUACCCACUCGAGCUCUCCACCGGCCGCCUCUACGUUCCCUACGUCAUGAUCUACUACCUACCGGCGACGUGCAACAGCGAGAUGAAGAUGCUGUACGCGGGCGCCAAAGAGCUACUGCGCAACACAGCCGAGGUCGGGCGCAUCAUCGAGAUGGACAGCCCCGAGCAGCUGGAAGAGAUUGAAGACCGGCUCAGGGAGGACGCCGAGAGCAAGGGUUACUGAGCGCGCGUGCGCUGCGUGCCGAUAGGUAAAUACGAAGCGGGAGCCACGUGCUGGCAUGCCGGAUGUUGACGUGCUCCACCUGAAUUGCUUUA